AUGGCCAUUAAGAAGUAGAUGCCCAGAUGCAAAGUGGAUGAGCCAAUCCGUUUGUCAUAAAGUAAGAUGCAGCUGUGGCUUUUUGAUCAGAUCAGAACAAAAUUACAUCUGUUUUUCUCAGAAGAGAAUUCUACAAGGUUAAAUCAGCAAAUAAAGAAAACAUGGUAUUUUGAAAUAUGAUUAAACUCCUGAUGCAGCAGCAAAGGCUAAGAAUAUUAAUGGCCAUAUCUAGUGCUCACAUGGUCUUCUGAAGAAGCCAUGGGUAGCUGCUGUAGCUGUCCAGAUAAAGACGCUGUCCCGGACAACCAUCGGAACAAGUUUAAGGUCAUUAACGUGGAUGAUGAUGGGAAUGAGUUGGGCUCUGGCAUCAUGGAACUUACAGACACAGAGCUGAUUUUGUACACACGCAAGCGCGACUCGGUCAAAUGGCACUACCUCUGCCUGCGGCGCUAUGGCUAUGACUCCAACCUCUUCUCUUUUGAAAGUGGCCGAAGGUGUCAAACUGGACAGGGAAUCUUUGCCUUUAAGUGUGCCCGUGCAGAAGAAUUAUUUAACAUGUUGCAAGAGAUUAUGCAAAAUAAUAGUAUAAAUGUAGUGGAAGAGCCAGUGGUAGAAAGGAAUAAUCAUCAGACAGAAUUGGAGGUCCCCAGGACGCCGCGAACACCUACAACUCCAGGGUUUGCUGCUCAGAGUUUACCUAACGGAUAUCCCAGGUACCCCUCAUUUGGAGACGCUUCAUCUCACCCCUCAAGCAGACAUCCGUCCGUGGGGAGCGCUCGCCUGCCCUCCGUUGGUGAAGAAUCUACACACCCUUUGCUUGUGGCUGAGGAGCAGAUACAUACCUAUGUCAAUACCACAGGUGUACAAGAAGAGCGGAAAAGCCGCGCUGGUACGCAUGUCCCGUUGGAGGCGAGGGUUUCAAAUGCCGAGAGCAAUACACCCAAAGAAGAACCAAGUAGUAUUGAAGACAGAGACCCUCAGAUUCUUCUUGAGCCCGAAGGAGUCAAAUUUGUUUUAGGACCAACUCCUGUUCAGAAGCAAUUAAUGGAAAAAGAGAAACUGGAGCAAGUUGGAAGAGACCAAGUUAGUGGAAGUGGUGCAAAUAACACAGAAUGGGACACUGGCUAUGACAGUGAUGAGCGAAGAGAUGCACCUUCAGUUAACAAACUGGUGUAUGAAAAUAUAAAUGGGCUAUCUAUCCCCAGUGCCUCCGGGGUCAGGCGAGGUCAUCUGGCAUCCACUAGUACCUCAGAUACCCAGAAUAUCAACAACUCCGCUCAGAGAAGAACUGCAUUAUUAAACUAUGAAAAUUUACCAUCUUUGCCACCUGUUUGGGAAGCCCGCAAGCUCAGUAGGGAUGAAGAUGACAGUUUAGGACCAAAGACUCCAUCUCUAAAUGGCUACCAUAAUAAUCUAGACCCAAUGCAUAACUAUGUAAAUACAGAGAAUGUAACAGUGCCGGUAAGUGCUCACAAAAUAGAGUAUUCACGGCGUCGGGACUGUACACCAACAGUCUUUAACUUUGAUAUCAGACGCCCAAGUUUAGAGCACCGGCAGCUCAAUUAUAUACAGGUUGACUUGGAAGGCGGCAGUGACUCUGACAACCCUCAGACUCCAAAAACACCUACCACUCCCCUUCCACAAACCCCUACAAGGCGCACAGAGCUGUACGCUGUGAUAGACAUCGAGAGAACUGCUGCUAUGUCCAAUUUGCAGAAAGCACUGCCACGAGAUGAUGGUACAUCUAGGAAAACUAGACAUAAUAGUACUGAUCUGCCCAUGUGAGCCUGGAAAGCAUUAUGUUGUUUGCACCUUUGUGAAGUUUUUUAAAAUGAAGAUGCAAAUGCUUCAUUUUCAUUUCUACACUAACUCCUUUUAUAGACUGAUACUCUUUUUCUGAAUACUUCAUGUUCAUCUUUAAAGGGAAUUACUGUAGAGCAGGUACUCCUUAAAGAACACUAAUUUCAUUAUGUACUAUUCAUUACUGUACAGCAGCAUUCCCAUUUUCACAGUGCCUAUUUAAAAUGAGAGUUGAAGUGAAUGACAUGCUGGUAGAUUUUUAUUCAAUAUUUUGGGCUCACGCAUAUCUUUCAUGUCUAAAUCAUGGUUGGCAUUUAAAACUUUUUAUAAAGCCUCUUCGUAACACGCUUUGCUAACAGAUAAUGUAGGCUGUGAAGGUGAUGUUUGUAGAUCACUGUGCGCAGUACGUGGCCUCCAGCAUGGACCACGAGGAAUCCUUCAUUUGCUCAAUUAAAGGCUUUUGAGUUGGGCCAAGACACGUGUGAAGGAGAUGAAGAUACCACACCUCCUUGUAUAACCAGUCAGCUCUUUUGCCUUCAGUGUUACUAGAAAGAAUCCUAUGUCGUGACUAUGGCUUGCUGUUGGUGUGUUGAAAGGUAGGCAGGAGACAAGGUUUUCUGUUUACUCAUCUCAUGAUGUCAUUUGAAGGGCAUGUCCAGAUGUCUUACUCUGAAUUGUAGUAGGCUUAAGAAUUAGUCUCAGGUCACUUUACCCAAACACAUUUGAAAAUCUGAACCAUGAUCUCUUGAUGUUUCUAUCCUGUAGAGUAUUGACAAUGCAUUGUUUUCUGGAGGCAUGUUUUGCUGUUACGUUCCCAUUUACCUUCAGAUUUUUUCUUUGGUGUUCGGGAUGACUUACUGUGUUGCUUAAUGUCUUUUUCAAUGUAAAAUGCUUUGAGUUUGUAUAUAGUCUUGAAAUUGGAUUAUAUGUUCAUUGUUACUUAGUUUGCAUUUUUAUCAAAUUAUGGUUUUGAAGGUUCAUUUGGAACUUGCUGUUAUUCUAUAACAGGGUUGCCCUUGUCCAGUAUUUAUUUAUAUGCUGUUUACUUUCAAGUUGAUAAAAAGAACAUUCUUUCGAUUUUAAAUUUCACUUGUGUCCAUAGGUGAUCUCUUUAGCAGUUGAGGAAAAAAGAAAGCAACCUCCUUUUGACAUGCAGUGUUCCCUAAAGGUACUAUGUUUCUCUGAGGGCACUCUCCCCAGCACUUGAGCAGGGAUUUUCUCCGGCUCCACGGCUACAGUUGUACUGUCCUCGCUAGCAUUCUCUUCAGCUCUGCUCUCACUUGUAGCUGGAUCUCUGAUUAUCCCUUGAUUUCAGUGGAAUAUUAAUAUUGUUGUCAGCAUAGCAAGUACAGUGGAAGUCUUGUAGUGAGAUUGUGUCUAAUUUAGGGUUUAUAAUGAACCGAAUUUCUAUAAAUUGAUGAUUCCAGAUGUCAAAGCUUUUGGAAAAUCAAGAAUGUUCCAAAUUCCCAAACACUAGAGAGAGUGAAAAGAAGGCUAGGUAACCUUGCAAAAUACUGCUAUGUCUCUAAAUGUAAGGAAGUUUGAAGUUAUGAUCUAUUAUACGUGUCUACAGCUACCUAAGCAUGAAAAAGUUCAGUCUUAGCUAGUUUAUUCAAUAACCUAGUUAUAGGAUAAUGAAUGCAUUAGCAGAAUAAUAGAGUGGGACCAUUAUAAAAAAUAAUUACAAAUGUCUUUAUCAUUUUCUGUGCCGUUGGUUCAUUAGCAUAGUGAAAUUUUCUGCCUGCCCCCCACACUUGGUGCUUACUAAAAUGCUCACUGUUCUCUUAAAAAGAGCAGUGGUAUAGAUGUGCAGUUUCCCUAAUACAAUUUCCAUUUUUUAAUGUAUUUUCUUUUCUUUUAAGUAGCUUGCUAAUUGUGCCAAAUUUAUGUAAUGGUUUUUGUAAUGUGGAAUAGGAAUUGUGACACAACCAGUGCAAAGGGUUUUCCUUGAAAUGAGCAGUCACAGCAGAACAUGAAUCUCCACAUGAAAGGGCUGGUAUAUUUACCCAUUUUGGAGGGUGGAUAUUUUAUUCUUCUUUUUCCCUCAUCUUUUCCACUUCCAGAUUCUAAUUAGUUUUUGUACUAAUAUAAUCAGUAAGUUUAUGCUUUAAAUACUGUGUGCUUUAAAAAUGAAAAUGGGACCAAUCUGUCUGCUAAGAGUUUGGUUUUAGGGUACUAAAAGAAUAUUAUACAUAUACAACUAGUGUUUAUUCUAGUUGUCUUCUGGGUGUCAUCUGUGUUCUUAUUUCAUAAAAAGUAAUUCAGAACACUACUUGCCCUUUGCAGAAGUCUAGUAAUGGGCAUUAAGCUCUGCCUUGGAAGAGUGUACCUAUACCUAGGUGCAUUUUAGAAUGAGAUAUUUUAAUGGCAUAUAAUUAUGGCCAUAUGUCUCAGAUUUCCUGAGGUGAACCUAAUUUUAGGUACUCGUGUUUUGUUGGUAGAUUAUGUGAUCCCAUUAUUUGAGUUUGUUUUCCCCCGAAGAGAAGCUUCUUUUCCCCAUGUAGAUCCUAACAGCAUUUAUCUCAGAUCAGGGUUAGAAGCUGAUAUGAGUAUUACCUGUGUUUUUCUUAGUGUGUUUCAUUUCCCAAUUUAAUAUUUUUUUUAAAAAAUGAAAAUAUGGUGCCUUCCCUCCCUCCAGAAGAUUGGCAAAUAGUUCCUUUUAUUUACUGCUGCUGUGGAGUGAUGAGAUAUGCACUUUACUCUUGAAGACUCAGUAAAAAAAGCUUUUCACUUCCCAGUAUAUCCACAAUAGAUCGCAUUUGGGACGUAAGAAAAUUUGCCAAGCAAUCUUUGUUUUUAUAGAUAUUAAUGUUGACCCUUAGCUCAUUGUUGUAAGAAUAAGUCAAACUGGUGUUUAUUCCCCCUCCCCCAGUCUGUGGCACAGCAUAUAAAAAUGUACCUCAAUAAUGUUCUAUUAAAAAUGGGACAGGGGCCUUAUGUUUUCAUAAUUUCCCAACAAUGUGCCACCUUGUAUUUGCCUCAAGGGAAAAGUUUUAGCGAGCUAAAAAGUAUUUCCCAAUUUCCCUGUGCUGUUCUUAACCCAUAACGCCCAAGUGUUUUGUGCAAUGUGUGGUAUGUAUGUAUACAUACAUACAUAUAUAUAUAUAUAUAUGUAUAUAUAUACAUAUAUAUGACUCCCAUCAGAGACAUCAGUGACUGACAUAUUGGCAUCGCAUUCCUAUUUCUAUAUAUGAGGUAUGUGGUCCUAAUUACCUUUUCCUGAUGUUUGCCAAAUUUGAAUAAAGGCAUUGGUACGAAAUUACAGAAUGUAUAGAAAAUGUUUUUGGCUUGAAAAACUAACAAUAUUUUAUGACAUAACAUGAUCUACUCUGCCCAGACCAGCAUCCUGUCUUUUUCUUGUUCUGUACAUCCCAGUUCCCCAUCCCCACUUCCUCAUUUUUUUAUAUAACACAACACUCUUCUGUAGUAUCAUCACAGUGACAAUUCUGUGACAAUUGGACAGUGACAGCAUGGAAGCAGACUGAUAGUAACAGUGCAGUAGUCACCAGUGUGCCACUUUUGCAUUAGAAAGUGCAAAAUAUACAUUUUAUAAAGGACAAACUUUGUGUUAUGUUUUUAUUUUCAUUACAUUGUAUAAUACUGUAAGAUUAUUGUAUGUCCUAAUUUACAUUAUAAAUGUGUUUUUUUCCUACAUAAAGGCAUAAAUAUAGCAACUUUGUAUAAAGGUAGCUUAUUAGAUUUUUAAUUUUUUUCUUUUAUAAAAAUUGUUUAACAGUGGGACUACCAUUGCCAAAUUGUAUAUGGAAUAUGAAUUUUACCCCCUGUGGCUAAUUUCUUUUAUAAACAUUCCGUACUUCUCCAAUAAAAGACAGAAGUGAUACUGUACUAUGCAUAAAUUGUAUUUUAAUGCUGCUUCAUAUCAGCAUUUUACAUUUUGGUUUGCAUUUCUACUAUUGGCAAAACCUAACCACUGUUAACUACAAUGCAACCUUGUGUAUGUAACAUCACCAUUUGCCCUCUCUCCCUUCCCACUGUUUGUUCUCUUUCUCCCUGUCAGUGCCAACUCCAUACAUUUUGUAGCAUGGCAAUAAAAUAUAACUUUUACACUGAGGCCAAGUGUGGCUUUUUGGAGGAAGUAGGGACGGGAGGAUUGCCCUCUAGUUGUCCUUUUGCCACAUAGGCUGUGUCAUCAGGCAUAAGUUACAUGUGAUGUAAACAUGCUGGUAGGACAAGCGUGAAUGUGCUCUUCAGCUUUUUGUCAUGACAUAACUAAUUUUUUUAUCUUUGGCAAAUUCAAAGUUCUUGAAAUACAAUCAAACCUUUAUUAACUGGAGUACUUAAAGAAUAAGCUAAUGAAGUUUGUUCUACAAGGGCUAAGCAACACAUUUUUAAAAUAUUUAUUGUAGAGUAUAUGAGUAUACUUUACUGUCCUAAAAAUUAUAAUAUGGAAAUAUAACUUCAUAAUCGAUGAUGUAGCACCUUGCAAUGCCUUACUGUUAUUCUGGCAUAAAUAUUCAUCAUGAGGUACUCAAGUUGAUACUGGAAGCUGAGCUGACUAUACACUGACCUUAGGCCUUCAUGAAAAACUGCUUUGUUGAAUAAACUCUGAUCAGAGUCCUUAUGGUCACUUUCCCUUUAUUGCCAAAAGUAGAUUGCAAUAAAACCCAAUAAAAGUUUGGUUGGACACACA